UCUAUUUUUCUCACUCUUCCCAGUAAGGUACGCGCGGGUGCAGUGUUAUUUCGAAUUUCGCUUGACGGAUGGAUUUGCUCAUUUUUUUUAUAUAUUACACUUAAUUUUACAAAUAUCAAAAAUCUCAAAGUGAUAGUGUGAUUCCAGAAGAUAAAUUUAAUUGAAGAACGAUAUCUUAUCAAUUCAUUCCUGUUAUUCGCAUUGAUUUUGUUAAAUAUUCUAAAGUCUAAAGUCUGUUCAAAACUUAAGGCGUUGUCCAGUCGAAGCAGCAGUACAGCAUUGGUUUUGUUUUUUCUCUGCUAUCUGCAUUGCAUUGUGCCGUCGUCGUCGUCGUUUAUGUGAUUUAUGUUAUUCGGAAAUUUGGGAUUUAAAUAAAAAAAAGUGAUAAGAACUCAGUUAACUUGAGACAAAAAUAUCUUAAAACUAUGAGUAAAAAACCGGUAACAGGUCCAGCCCUCCAUAAAGUUAUUAUGGUUGGCAGUGGUGGCGUUGGGAAAUCAGCACUGACUCUUCAAUUUAUGUACGACGAAUUUGUGGAAGACUACGAACCAACUAAAGCGGAUAGUUAUAGAAAAAAGGUAGUGUUAGAUGGUGAAGAAGUACAAAUAGAUAUAUUAGAUACAGCUGGUCAGGAAGAUUACGCUGCAAUAAGAGAUAACUAUUUCCGAAGCGGUGAAGGAUUCCUAUGUGUAUUUUCUAUAACAGAUGAUGAAAGCUUUCAAGCCACGCAAGAAUUCAGAGAACAAAUUUUGCGGGUUAAAAAUGAUGAGAGCAUACCAUUUCUGUUAGUUGGAAACAAAUGUGAUUUGAAUGAGAGGCGUAAAGUACCACUUAGCGAAUGCCAGUCUCGAGCUCAUCAUUGGCAAGUUACAUAUGUUGAAACAUCCGCAAAAACAAGAGAAAACGUUGACAAGGUGUUUUUUGAUUUGAUGCGUGAAAUAAGAUCACGAAAAACUGAAGAUUCAAAAGCAACAAGUGGGAGAACUAAAGAUAAAUGCAAGAGGCGGAAACUUAAGUGUAUACUAAUUUAGAUAGGUGUUUUAUGAUCUUAUCAGGGAUAUAUCAUCUCGUAAAAAACAACGCCUAACAGAUGUACGACAGCCUACAAAAACAAAAUCCCGUUGCUGCCAAUUGUUGUAAUAUCUUUUAUCUUUUCCGAGAAAGAUAAACAUUCAGCAAAUGAGAACGCUGAAUACAAAAUAUACAAAAAAUUUAAACAAAAAUGAAUAAAAAAAAUCAUCACUUAUGUAUAAUGUAGAAUUAAGAAAGUAACGAAAUCAUUCAAGACUUUGGUAUUUCUUAACUACAGAGUUACAAAGAAAUAAAUUAAGUUCGAGCCGCAUGUAAAAAUGUUUGUAAUUUUUUAUUUAUUCAAUAAAAAAUAAUAAAUACAAAUACAUAAUAUCUAAAUAACAGAAUAAUCUAUGAGCAGAAUAGUAGAAUUAGCAUUAAAACAUUCGAUACACAUUACAGUUAGUUGCUCAUAAUAAUUAUUUUUAAUUUAAUCACUUAUUGUUCACCUAUCCUAUACACUUUCUAUUGCCUAAUAUGUAUGUGAUUUUUCUUAUCCCUUUAAAAUUAAUCAAAAAUUAUUAUCUUUUCGUUCCAAUUUAUAAAUUUUAGUACAUGCAGGUGCAUUUACAUUUCAGAUAGUAGGAUUUUUUUGUAUAAUGUACAUCUUUAAGUUACUUGUUGGGACUUCAGUAACGACACCUAAAAGUAAAACAUGCAUUUACAAUAAUUUGAUAAUUUAAAUUUGCAUUUAUGUAUAUACCCUGUCUUUGUUAAAUAUUUAUACUUUUAAAACUGCGAUUGAUAGUUUAUUCAAUUCAAACUCAAACUCAAUUGAUAUUUAUUUAUAUGUUAAUGAAAAUCGAUAUUUUCAUAUUACAGUGCUUUAUAAAAAUAAAAACUUAAGUCUAAAACUUAAACACUUUUUAUUCUGUUAUACCUACAAAAUGGAUUAUGUAUAUUUCUUUCAAAUUUUGUUAAUUAUCUUUAAACGUAAAAUCUAAAUUAAAUUUUAAAACAUCACGUUACAAAUUCUAUUCAGUGAUGCCGUAAAAUAUUGAUCAAUUGGUCCAUUUCAAAACCGCUCAUAUUGAAUUCCAUAGCAAAAACAGCCUGUCCUAUCUUAAGCACUUUCAACUUAGCACUUUUUUACUGCCCUCUGAUGAAUGGCUUAAAAUUAUUAAACAAAGCAUUAAACUAAAAAUCUAAAUGAAAUAAAUAUACAAAAAGAUAUUAAUGGUUAAUUAUGUAUGCAAUUAUAAACAAUAAAAUAGAAUUUAUACAACACAACAAUACAA